AUGGGCGUCGAAUCAAUCUGCUUUCCAGCGUUCCGUGCAAAACGCUAUAACCUCGUCCGAGCUACAAUCCAGCGAGGAAUCAUCCUCCUCCUCUUCACAUCUCUCCCUGUUUCACUUCUUUGGAUUAACACCAAGAAAAUCCUUGAAAUGUUGAAACAGGACGAGGAUCUCGCGGCUGAAGCUCACAUCUUUCUGCUUUACUCUGUUCCUGAUCUCCUCGUUGAAUCUUUCUUACACCCACUGAGAGCUUAUCUCAAGAUCCAGUCAAAGACUCUGCCUUUAUCAAUCUGCACAGCGAUCGCGAAUAUUCUCCACUUACCCAUCACGUUUCUCCUCGUGCAGUAUCUCGGGUUUGGUAUGAAAGGUAUCGCCUUGAGUGGUGUCUUGUCAAAUUUCAACCUUGUCGUCUUUCUCGUCAUCUACAUCGCUUUCUUGGAAGAGAAGCAAAGUAGCGAGGAGGAGGUUUUAGAGGAGUCUUAUGAAGAUAGUUUGAGAGAAUGGAAGAAGUUGCUCGUUCUUACGAUACCCAUACCGAUUGAGAUGAUUAUGGCAUUUUGGUUUUGGUUCGGGUUCCAGGGACUUUGGCUCGGGAUGCUCGCGGCGCACAUGGCGUGUUUGAUUGGUAGGAUGGUGGCAACGUGUAUGACUAAUUGGGAAUUGGAGGCGGCAAGGGCUAGGGAGCUCACGGCGGUGGAUGGAGGAAGCACCGGUGAUGGCGUUGACGUGGAGGCUGGGAAGGUUAUUAUACUCCUAAGUUUCAAAAUAAUUAAGGUUUUAAAGUUUUUGCAUACCAAUUAGAGAAUUACUAACUUUCAUUUAGUCUAUAUAUAUAGUUUGCAUAAACAAAGGGAAAAAUGUCAUUAUUAAAUCAUCAAUUUUCAAAUUUGGUUGAAAUAAAACACCAGUUUCUUAUGAAUCAAAAAAAAUAUUCAAUUUCUUUUGAUAAGCCAUUUUAAGCAUAAACUUUUGUUGACCAUACCAUUUUAGAUCUAUCAUUAGUUAACUUUUAAACAUGUCUAAAAUGACAUUUAAAGUUGAUGAUUUUUUGGCACAAAUAAAAAGCAACACUUUUUAAAUAUCUGAUUUUAAAUAUCUUUAACUAUAUUUUUAACAACUAUAACAUUAAUAUUUAAAUUAUAUCCUUAGAUGUAUUCAUCAUGAUUCUUUAUGUUUACUAGAUUUUUUAACCGCGCUACGCGCGGAUAAGAUAUUAUAUGUAUUUCACAAUUCUAAAAAAUAAUGUAUAAUAUUAUAUUAUAUUAUUUAAAGAAUAUAAAAUAAGACUACAUAACAUAAAUAUAUUUUUUAUUUUUUCUUUGUGAAAAUCAUUAUGUUGUUUGAUUGUUGUACUU